AUGUUGACCAGAAAGUGGCGCCGUGAAGCGCACUGGUUGGCCAGGCAACUGAUGCGCCAGACGGCCUGUCUCAGUCGGCUUCCGUCAUCCACUUUCACCUCUGCUCGUGCUCCAGCUGUCAUCGCGACAAGGCGUGUUGCAGUUCGGCCUCAACAUGUACGUCAGUCUGCCUGGCGAGGGCGUAGGCCGAAGGCGCGCUGUGUGCUCGAGGCCGACGACGUGGAGACCGACUCUGAUUCAGAUGACUUUGACUCGGAAGUCGAGCAGGACCACGAAAAGGAGAAGGCUGUCGGUGAAUCUGAAAGUCGAGAAGAUGAUGUGUCUGAUAAAAAAGCAACUUAA